GAUAUGAUCCAAUUGCACCCCUAAACCAUGGUACCUUUGGUUCAAAUCGAAGCUAUAGAACGAUUGGCGUUUACAUUCUCACUAUAUGAUCAUGACAUAUUGGCAGCCCAAUUGGGUCAAUUCAAAGCCAUCUAACCACUUGACACGAACCUAAUACCCAAUGGUGUGGGAACUGCUUAUGCUGUUUGAAAAUCUAAAUCCUCUCUCCUCUCUCUUCCCAUCAAUUGCCUCUACUUAACACACCCGACUCAGUAACUCUGUUUCUGCAAUUUUGCAUCCUUGGAGGAACACCGAUAGCUCGCUCCUUUGUUGCUUUCAGCAGAAAUUAAAACGUGCAAAAACCCCAAUUCUAUGAUUUUCUUUCUCAAGAUUAGUCUGCCUUUUCGUGGAUCAUGAAUCGAAUUUCUCAUUUCCCUCUGCCCGCUGAGAAAAGCCUCCUUGGCCAAGACAGAAUGAAAUCUUCGUCUUUUUCCCCGAUGCUUCUGUGGUCUCUGUUCAUCUUUUUCGUUUUCCUGUCACCGUCUUUAUCCUUGCCUUUCUCUCCGCCCGGGAACGUUACCCUCUUCGGCGAUGCUCAUUUCAGGAACAACACCAUUAGUCUCACACAAGAACCACCCUGCAGCCCUUUUUAUCCUUCUUGUGGGGUUGGAAGAGCUCUCUACGCUUACCCAAUUCGAUUUCUUGAUCCCACAACAAACUCUGUUGCGUCCUUUACGUCUACCUUCUCCUUCUCGAUCACUCCGUCUUUUUCUUCUCUUCCCGGAGACGGUCUCGCAUUCCUUAUAACCUCCAAUGUCGAUACUGGCUGCAGCUCCGCCGGCUAUAUGGGUCUCACCCAGUGCAACAAAAACCAAGGAGAGCCGUUCAUCGCUGUGGAAUUCGAUACCAGUCUAGAUUCAUCUCUCGGCGACCUCAAUGACAACCAUGUGGGUCUCGACAUUAACACGGUUGCUUCUUUCGCUUCCGUCGAUGUGGGUUCGAUUGGGAUUGAUCUCAAGAGCGGGAGGCGCAUCAGAGCUUGGGUCGAUUACAAAGACGCAGAGAAGAUGAUCAGGAUUUGGGUCGGCUAUUCAAGGGUCAGGCCUCCUAAUCCGCUUCUCACCUCCCAGGUGGAUCUUUCAAGGCAGUACAAAGAGUUCAUGCACGUUGGCUUCUCUGCUUCAAAUGGACGAGGGUCGGCGCUUCACCUGGUCGAACAGUGGGAAUUCAGAACAUCGGGGCUUGUUCGUCCGAAGACGAUGCCAUUGGAAUCGGAUACAAGUCAAGACAGCGCUUGUUUCACAUGUAAUUCUGCAGAUGAUUCAGAUGACAACAAUGGGUCCCCCAAUGUCCAUCGAAGAAGACGAAUGAUCACGGACAUAGCUCUUGGUCUAGGUGGAGCAGUUGGGUUUCUCUUCUCCAUGGGAGUGACCAUCGGCGCAAUAAUUUGGUAUGUCUCGAGAAAGAGGAGAAUUGAUGGCAGAGGCACGAAAACUCGCGAAAUGUGCAGAAUUCAAAUGAACAAAGUCCCCACAAGGCUGUCACUCGCUAAGAUCAAAUCUGCCACAAAGGGAUUCAAGGAGAGCAGAAUCGUCGGCAAAGGUGCCUCCGGCACUGUAUACCAAGGGCAACUUGGCUCCGGCAGGACUGUGGCUGUCAAAAGGUUCAGUGGUAUCAAUCAGGUCGAUCGAUUUAGAGACCCCUUCACCACCGAGUUGGCUACCAUGUUGGGUUGCUUAAGACACAAGAACCUGGUUCAACUCCAAGGCUGGUGCUGUGAGGGGAACGAAUUAGUCCUGGUUUAUGAGUUCUUACCUCGCGGCAGCCUCGAUAAGAUCCUCCACAAGAGCUCCAGUUCAGCAGUGGUGCUCAAAUUGGACCAAAGACUGAAGAUCGUCCUUGGCGUUGCAUCUGCACUCACUUACCUACAUGAAGAAUGCGAGAGACAGAUAAUCCACAGGGACGUCAAAGCUUGCAACAUAAUGCUCGAUGCAGAGUUCAAUGCCAAACUGGGUGAUUUCGGUCUAGCAGAGGUUUAUGAACACAGCGGCAUCACACGAGUAGCGACCAUACCAGCUGGGACCAUGGGUUAUCUCGCACCAGAGUAUGUUCAUACUGGAAUACCCACUGUGAAGACAGAUGUCUACAGCUUUGGUGUUGUGGUUCUAGAGGUGGCAACAGGGAGGCAACCGGUGGACGACAAUGGGAUUGCGCUGACUGAUUGGACGUGGGAUAUGUGGUUGAAGGGGAAACUGAUUGAAGCUGUUGAUGGUAGAUUAGAGGGGCGGUUUGACAAGGCUGUGGUUGAGAGAAUGCUCAUGGUGGGGAUCUCUUGUACUCACCCAAACUCUGUAGAGAGGCCAACAGUGAAGGAGGCAGCCAGGAUACUUAGAGGGGAAGCGCCGCUCCCUGUCUUACCCACCAGGAAGCCAGUGUUGAGAAUGCAGUCUGCGCUGCCUCAAGGUUAUGAAGAAAUCCUGCACAGAGAUGAUGGGAGUGUUGGUUUAAGCGACACGCCAUGGUUAACCCCUCGGACGCAUAUGAGCUAA